AUGUCGCAAGUCAAUUGUGGCACCGUGUGUUCUCUUGCAGACAUUGACUACUGCCAGUCCAGUCCCUGCGACCUGUUGUCCUCAUGCACUGAUGGCAUCAGUAGCUACAGCUGCUGCCUGCUGGGAAUCCUUCCCGUCUGUACAGUCUACACGGUGACAACGACACCAGCUCCCACAACAACUUCGACAAAAGUUUCCGUGACAACUUCCCCUCUUGUAGACACCACCAAUCCGCCAACCACAGCUUCCACCCAGUCAACCGCCGCUUCUCUCACCACUGCUAGUAAGCAAAGCACUCUGCCAACAUCUGCGCCUAUUACAACUGGUCGAGGGACAACAGAGAACAUCUCGACAGGUCAAGAAACGACAGAACCCAGCUCGACAGGUCGAGAAACGACAGAACCCAGCUCGACAGGUCGAGAAACGACAGAACCCAGCUCGACAGGUCGAGAAACGACAGAACCCAGCUCGACAGGUCGAGAAACGUCAGAACCCAGCUCGACAGGUCGAGAAACGACAGACCAGAGCGCAUCCUUCUACACUUCUCUGGCCUCCAGUACUUCCGUCACCCCGAAGAAGCAGACGACAGUCACGACAACCACUGAGCCUACACAGACUUCUGAAAUCCCCAAACAGUGCGCCUGCAAAUGUCAGAGACCUCCAGCCGUGACCCACGAUGACCUCGUCAAGGAAAGCGAAGAGCUGAAGAAAGAACUGAGUGUGGACAAGAAGCACCUGUCGAGCAGCAUCCGCAAGGUGACCAGUGCUGAGGAUGACCGAGCAUCCGCCAUGACCAUAGGUUACGCUGGGCUGGUUUUUCUCAUCUGCUCCUUCGGCGCCAUCUUGCUGAUGGACUUCACGAUGUCGUGCAGGGCAGAGGCCAAAAAGUCGGCACCCAAGAAAAGCCUCCAUCCCGACACGUAGUCUGCAUCACCAUCCGCAAUGUGUGUGCGUGUGUGUUUUCGAAUGUGUGUGUGUUUUGUUUGU